GAUCCUUACUGCCCGAACAGUGAGGUGUAGUAGUCCCCCCCCCACUCUCUCUCUUGAAAAUGGUCGUGUGUAAGUGACCUGGUAUUCUCAUUUUCAAAACCCCACCUCUUUCUCUCUCCUACCCAGUCACUCUCUCUUUCAACAACAACUGCUUUCUCAGCCCCUCCCUUUCCCCCCUCUCUUUGAUUUUUGAUUCAAAAAUCAAAUCCUCUUACCAUCAAAUCUUCCAAGAACAAUUAAAAUUUUAAAUACCCAAUUGUCAAACCAUUUUCUAGAACUAAACCUAAUCAGUUAUCUCUCAAUCAUUGUGAAAGAUCGUGGGUUUUCUUUGAAAAAUAUUUAAUCUUUUGUUUUUUUCACCCACUACCCAGAAAACUGAAGAACUUCCCUUUUCCCAUUUGUUCUGUAUUUGUCUCAGAUCGAGUUGGUUAAUGUUGCUGUAAUUCCCAGCUGAUGAUGGAUGCUGACACUGAUAUCGUUACUGGUAUGGUUGGUGUUGUUGAUCUAAAUGGUGCUCAAUAUGAUCACCAUGGCUCGGGGGAGGAAGACAUUGCAGCGGAGAUUAAUGGAAUUCCUGGAAGCAGUAUGGUGGGUGUAGGUCCUGAUGCUUACCAAGAAAAUGGUACUGAGUUAAAUGGAACAAGGAUGGUUGAUUCUACUCAAGGAGUGGAGGAGCUUGCUCAUGUGUCUGUGGAAAUCAGUGGUUCCGCAGCUUCUGAGGAGGUGGAAACAACAAAAAAUAAAGAUGUGAAGGAGCUCAAAGUCAGGGCCAAAAAUGAGAAGCCUUCAAACACAAAAAAGGUUGCGGUGACAUCAAUGAAGAAGAAAACCAACAAUAAAGAAGUUAAGGCAACUUCAAAUGGUGCUCUGUCUGUGAAUACGCAGCCAAAACAGCCUAUUGUAAAGACCAAAUCUUUUAAUGAUCGUCAUGCUACUAGUAGUAAUCCGAGCAAGACCACGAAACCUGCAUCUGUGAUUAGCAACACCCACAAAGCUAAGCAGCCUGUGAAGACUGAAUUGAUGUCUGGCUCUGAAAAGUCUGUGACUUGUGAAGGCACUGUGGAAAAGCCCAAAUUGAAGCCCCUCAAGAAAGAACGUCCAACUACUAGCGAUGGAAAUGGGGAAUCUUCUGAAAGCCCCUCUGCAGCGGAUGCCAAGGCCCGUAGAGAGGGUAAACUUCCAUCUUAUGGUUUCAGCUUUAGGUGUCAUGAACGAGCUGAGAAGAGAAGAGAGUUUUAUACCAAACUCGAGGAAAAGAUUCAUGCGCUCGAAGAAGAGAAAAAUAACAUGCAAGCGAAGUCCAAGGAAUCUCAAGAGGCUGAGAUUAGGAUGCUUCGGAAAAGUUUAAAUUUUAAAGCAACACCAAUGCCUAACUUCUACCAGGAACCUGCACCUCCUAAAGCUGAACUUAAGAAGAUACCAACUACACGUCCCAGAUCGCCCAAGCUAGGUAGAAAAAAGAAUUCAUCAUCAAUGGAAGCUGAAGAUGGGGACCAAAAUCAACGAUCUGGAAGACUAAGCUUGAAUGUGAAGACGGUCUCACAAACCAACUCUAGCAAAGGACCUUCUCCUGUACAGUCUAAACGGCCUCAGAGGAAGUCCCUCCCUAGAUUGCCUUCCGAGAAGACACGCUUGUCGAAAAAUGCUAAAGUGCUGGAUCAUCCGGUAAAUGGGUCUCCACCUAUAGCACGUGUUGAGGAGGAUGUUCCUCUGUCAAACCCCGAAUCUGCUCCUAUUGCCCAUGUGGAAGAGGAAGUUUCUCCCUCUGACCCUGGUUCUGCACCGAUUGCUCAUGUCGAUGAGGAAGAUCCAACAUCUGACCAGGGUGAAGCUCAUUCUGAAAUUGAGGACGGGCCUAUUGUUGAAGAUCUAGUCCAGCUCCCAAUCAAGCAAGAAGUUGUAUCAGAGCAUUGAAGAUAAAGCUUGGGUGCAGUUGGAUUCAUUCGCCUCCACGAAGUGUUGGCUUAGUAGAACAUGAUUAUGCUGUCAAUGAAGCAAUUUGUCCAUAGUUUGGUGAGGUUUGGUUGUUCUUGCCUUUUAGAAUGCCAGUCUGGUCGCUUAAGAGUCUGCAUUUGCACUUUCUCUGGAUUGUCCGGUCACUGCUUUUUCGAGUUGUUUAUCCAUAAGAAUCUAUUGCUCCUAUUUAAUUACACUCUUUUAGUGGUCUUCCAUUGAAGUGUGGUUGUGGGUAAAUUUUGGGAUUCUCUCGUACACCAGUUGUAGUUUAUGAUACAUAAGUAGCUUAUGGGGGAUGACUAAAUUGAUCAAAUUGGCGUAGUUUGCAUUUGGAACAAUAUUUUGUUAUUUACAAUGUUUAUUCUUCCAACACACCCUUAUGCUGUCGCUA